CGGGCGCUGCCCGAGUCGGUGUGCCAGCAGGCGCUGCGGGUGGAGAAGGGCGGCGCGGUGGACUUCGCCCGCGCCGAGCGGGAGCACCAGCUCUACGUGGGGGUGCUCAAGCACAAGCUGGGGCUGCAGGUGCUGGAGCUGCCGGCCGACGAGAGCCUGCCCGACUGCGUCUUCGUGGAGGAUGCGGCCGUGGUGUGCGAGGAGACGGCGCUGCUCACGCGGCCCGGAGCGCCCAGCCGCAGGAAGGAGACAGAAGCAAUGAAGAUCGCGCUAGAAAGUCUUAACGUCAAUGUUGUAGAGAUGACUGAUGAAAAUGCUACCUUAGAUGGUGGAGAUGUCUUAUUCACAGGGAGAGAGUUUUUUGUUGGUCUUUCAAAACGGACAAAUCAACGUGGUGCAGAAAUUCUGGCUGACACAUUUAAGGAUUAUGCUGUCUCCACAGUUCCUGUUCAUGACUCUUUGCAUCUGAAGAGUUUUUGUAGCAUGGCUGGACCAAAUCUGAUUGCUAUUGGUUCAAGUGAAGGCGCACAGAAAGCCCUCAAGACUAUGCAGCAGAUGAGUGACCAUCGGUACGACAAAUUGACAAUACCUGAUGAUGCAGCAGCCAACUGUCUGUACUUAAACAUUCCAAACAAAGGCCAUGUCUUGCUUCACCGAGCUCCUGAGGAAUAUCCGGAAAGUGCAAAGGUUUUUGAAAAGCUGAAGGACCACAUGCUGAUCCCUAUAUCCAACAUAGAACUGCAGAAAGUUGAUGGUGCACUGACCUGUUGUUGUAUCCUUAUUAACAAAACUUCAGAAUUAUGAGUUCACAGAAUCUGUCCUUGUAACUGGCAAUAACGUACAUGCAAGGUAGAAGAAUCUAUACCAACACUUUUAUUGUUUUUAUUGACAAUCUACUGUACCACUGUGCUACUAACCCUUGUUUACAAACCUUUUGCUUUGUGUAUUUUUAUUAUGUCCUUAUAGAUGGUAUUUAAGGCUUCUGUAUGUUUUUGCUGGGGUGAACAUAACUUCUACAGCAUAUUAGUCCAAUGGGCUAGGAAAAGGCAAUUAUGAUAGCUAACCCCUAGCUUAAGUAAUUUAUAUAAUCUGUGUGAAAACUAUUUUAGAACAUGAUCAUUGGUGAGAGUGUAAGCAUCUCUGCUGUCUUGAAACCUUUCUUCUGUCUUACCUUUUACCACCCACCCUUUCGUUUCUAGUUCAUCUCUUCUCACCCUUCUUCAGUCUUCCCCCUCUCUAUUCCUCCCCUCCCACCCCCGCUUUCAGAGAUCCAUGAUAUCAGUAGUUAAUGAAGGCAAUUCAAUAGGUUCAUGAACUUGGUCUCUUGUGUAGUAAGGAUGCUUUCCCUGUGACAACAGUAAUAGUGUGAAAUUGCUUAUACUUAUUAUCCUGAUUGGUAUCACAUUGCUGCUUCUGUGCAGCAUUAAGACUAGAAUACACUUCAGACUGCAGGUGGCAACCUGGGAAAAGCCUCUUUGUACAGGAACAUUCAAUGGGGGUGUUUAUUUGCUAGGUUUAAAUUACAGGAAAGAAGAUAGUUCAUCAGCCAAUCUGGAUGUGCCCCAGGGGUUCAGACUCCCAGUGUGUUUAUUCUUCUUUCAAACUGGGUUGGAAUGGAAGAGAUGUGUAAGUGUGCCAUAUAUUGAUUGCCUUUAAAGAUGCCCAUAUCUUUGUGAUCAUAAGACCACAUCCUAUGAAUGUUUGAGGCCCAUGUAGGCAAAAUAUUUGCAUUACACAAGAUAUUUAGAAAUAUUUUUUAUGUCUUCAGAUGAAUUUUUUUUUUUUUGGUCCCUACUUACUUUUGUGACAUUCUGCCCUCUUUUGGAAUACAGUCAUUGUUUCCUUUAUUCAGUCUAGUUUUUAUCUUCUGUAAUCAGAGAGACAACUUGCUACCAAAAUUCAAAAGAGAGAGAUUGUGAAAUUUGUUGAAGGGCAGCUAUUCCUGGAUUAUGCUCAUGAAUAAGGGAAGCUAUUGUCUUCUGCAAGGUUGGCAUGUGUAUUCAAUCUGUCCUUUGGACAGUUCUACUUGGAACAAUGGCCAUCUUUUUUUUUUUUAAAUUGCAUGAAUAUUUACUGUGGUAUUCAGUUAAGAUAAAUAUAUUUGUUUUAUAGCAGAUUCCACAACAUGUCUAUCCACUGAGUCAGACUUUCUUCACCACAGUAAAGUGAAGUAUACACAGUUGUGUUUACAUGAAACUCAUUAAAUCACUUGCAGACUAAGAAUGGAGAAAUCCCCAAACAGAAGCAGUGGUGGGAACUCUCUGGAGGUUGACAACAUAGUCUGAACAUUUUAUCAACUUCCUGGUUAUCCUCACCUUUCCUGUGCUACUUGUGGCUAGAUGCCAAGCUACAGUAGAAGCUGACGGAAGGCAGACUCAACCACCAUAGUCUGUAUAGAAAGUAAACAGUUCAAAUUAAAUGCACACUGUGAUUGUAUAUUUCUCUUGGAAACCCACAUGCUUUUGUACAUAGAAAGAAGGAGGGAAAGACAGGUACUUGCAUCAUGACACUUCCCUGUGCUGUCAGUAUUACGGACACCUUCAUUGAUGCACCUCAUACCACUAGUUAAAGUAGAUCCAAAGAGGAGCAGCAGCUCAUCGGGUCUGGCUGCUCCCCAAAAUAGGUGUCUGUGCCCCCAGUGCAUUGCAUCUUGUGGUGGCAGGACAUACUGCAAGAAAAAGAAUGCUGACAAAGAAGUAAUAUCUCUGGAAAAGGUGUUCAUAUCCCAAAGACAGCUAAACAGAUGUGUUGUUUUUGUGUAUCUGCAGUGUCUCUGGUUUUCUGUUGCCCGUUCCUCACUCCCUGUGUCAUGGUUUAGACUUGACCAGCAUGUACAGUCUGAAAGGGUAUAAAAAUGAAAUGGAGGCUUGCUUUCUCCUAUGCUUCAGAGGAGUUUGUUAUUACAGAAGGAGAAUUUGAGUUCAUCUACUCCAGGGCUUCCCAAACCCUGGUCUCUGUUCCCUUGCGGGGGUAUGCAAAGUAUCUCUGGGGAGUAUGCUGGAGAAGUUGUAUAAUGGCAGAUUUAUUUUUCAUUAUAAUAAUAAUAAUUGGCAUUUAAGGGGUCAAAAUAUAAAAUGUAUGUUGGUAGAGGUACACAGACAGCUGGUAAGUCUGGAAGGCGGUAUACAAUAAGGAAAAGUUUGGGAACCGCUGAUUUAGUUCUUAAUUGUGAUCCAUCAGAGGCAAGCUCUGU